ACAUGCCCAACAAUUUUUCUUAGAAAUUAAGGAAAAAAAAACUUUGUCCCCCCAAAAAAAAACAUUUUCUCUUUCGUUUUGUGAUUUCUGAAUGUCCUAUGGUUGACUCAAACCAAAACCAUAGGAGGCGAAGCUGCUAAAUCUAACGCUGGUCGCAAUGUGGAGCCGAGGAUUCAAUGUUUUGAUCAGGGGUUGCAUUUUCUUUGCCUUGUUAUCUGUAGUUUCUGCUCAAGAAGCUGAACUGGGAUCCACCCGCGUCGUCUUUCAGACAAAUUAUGGGGAUAUUGAAUUCGGUUUCUUUCCAACUGUUGCUCCCAAAACUGUUAACCACAUUUUCAAGCUUGUGAGACUUGGAGGCUAUAACACUAAUCAUUUCUUUCGGGUGGAUAAGGGAUUUGUAGCCCAAGUAGCAGAUGUUGCGAAUGGGAGAUCGGCUCCCAUGAACGAGGAACAAAGAAGAGAAGCUGAAAAAACUGUUGUUGGUGAAUUCAGCCAAGUCAAACAUGUUCGGGGUAUUCUUUCUAUGGGAAGGUAUGAUGAUCCAGACAGUGGUUCAUCCUCUUUCUCAAUACUACUUGGAAAUGCUCCUCAUCUUGAUGGCACGUAUGCAAUAUUUGGAAGAGUUACUAAAGGUGAUGAUACAUUGGCAAAGCUUGAGCAACUACCUACCCGCAAGGAGGGUAUAUUUGUAAUGCCAAAGGAACGCAUCACUAUACUGUCAUCAUAUUACUAUGACACAGAGACAGAAAAUUGUGAGGUAGACAGAUCAAUUUUGAAGCGUAGGCUAGCUGCAUCAGCUGUUGAAGUUGAAAGACAGAGAAUGAAAUGCUUCCCCUGAUAAAAGUAAGUUGAAGAUGUGAGCUGGAAUGAAUAUUAAUCAUCUGCAUUUGCUUUUUGUAUUUUAAUAGGGUUUGAUUGUUGGUUGCUUAAUAGUUUUUCACUUUUUUUAAUCCUUAUGUAAUUAAGAUAUAUAUUUUGAGACGGGUAGAGUGGAAUCUUAAAUUUUCUAAACUUAAGUCUCAUCUCUUUUUUCCAGUGAUGAAUAUAAGUAUAUAACAUGCUCAUAUAAGCAUUUCUCA